GUUACAGAGUCAGUCUACUCUGUAGAGCAGGUUCAACACACAUCAGCAGCUCAGUGAACUCUGAUAACAUGGAAGCAGCAAAAAGAAGUGUGUACAUCAGCCUUCCAAAGAAAUGCAUGGCUGCUUUGGGUAAAAACUAUGAACUGGACCAUGGACUGGUUGUAAAAGAUCUUAACCCAUAUUUGAAUGAAGGAUACAUACAAGCUUACUUUAGAGAAUGGGGCACUGUCACAAGGUGUAAGAUUAGCAAGAUCUCCGACAAGAGCAACAAAAAGGCUGUGGCCUAUGUGAGGUUUUCUGCGGAGGACGAAGCAGACAGAGCAGACUGGGCCGGUCCUCACUUUAUUGGAGGCGAUGAAGUGGAAGUGAGACGAGUUGUGAGUCCGAAGAUGGAAGAGGAUGAUUCAGACAAGCAGCUCGCCACAGUGUCUACAAAACCGAGACCACGGCGAUCAGUGGGUCUGGGCUACAUACUGGAAGAUGCUCAGUGGUUAGAUGAUGAAUUGGAAGAAUAAAGAAACAUAUUUUUUUAAAUAUAUACCCAGGAUGGCAUAGAACACUGUUUACUCACCUGAUUAUAAGCCUUGGAUGUAUAUUGCGGUGAAAUGGACCAUAUUAAUCAUAUUUUGCAUAUGUUUAUGUUUUGUUUGUCUACCAUGAAUGGGAAAUAAAGUUGUACUCAUUAUUAGCAGUAAAAUAGACAUUCAUGCCAUUAAUGUAGCCACUGUUGGAGAAUACAUGAUUUACUUUCAUCAUUAUUAUGAUACAUAAAUAAACUUCAUGAUUUCCCCACAAUGCUGAUCUUAACUUGUCUCUCUUUGUUUUUUUAAAUAAACACAUGAAUGGUGUCAA